CCGUGAGCGCACCACACGUCUGGAUUAGACUCAUCCAUCACAGAGGGAGUUUACAGCGUAUCUACACAGAGGCGCAGAGCCCGACACAGGAAAGCAGCAUGGGGAGCAGUAUGUCAUGUGUCCCCCAGCACAACUUCAGAUUCUCCAGCAAGAGUUUCAUACGCAGAAACAGCAGUCGCUUGUUUCGCAAGUAUAAUCCCCAGGAGGGACAGGAGAAGUCCAACAGCAUCAUAAAUAUCCUCUGCACUGUCACCCCGAGGAAGGAAAUGUCGCCUAAAGAUCUGCAGACGAUAGAAAACAUCAAAUGGGAUCCUCCGUUUGCUUACGACCCGAUCAGCGGCUGGAAGAAGAGCAGCAUCAAUGUGAAGAAUUAUGGACGGAUGAUUCACAGCUCCAAAGUCCGUUUCCGCUUCGUCCACUGUCAGGAUAUACACGACUGCUACCUGGAUCUGUUCCAGACACACCUUCAUUUUGUUUCCAACAACACAACCGGACUGACAUACCAGGUGAGGCUUAGAAAGAGGAAGCGGUUUACAUUUUUGACCUGUGACCUUUUACAUCCUGCAGGCGUCAGCUUGAAUCCCAUCAUCGUCUACUUCGCCAACCAAGAAGAAAUGGACAUGUGGUUUGGGCUGCUCAGAGAAAACAUUGAAGCUAAUGGAGGAACUCCAAUGUCACCAGAAAACUACACUAGAGUGAGACUCAACAAGGACAACUCUCUCGAGGGAAGAGAGGAGCUGAGAAAUUCCAUCAACAGAGAGCCAAUCCACGAGUGGGAAGGCUCACAGCGAGACAGCCUGGGCACCAUCACCUAUGUCACUAAGGUGCGACUGCAGCACCUGCCCUGCCUGGAACAGAAUGACAGGCUGCUGGUGAUGUACCCAUCGACCCUGAUCAUCCUAUCAGAGGAGAACGACGGGCUCUUCUAUAAGGGAAAACUUCCGCUCAACAUGAUUACAGUGACCACGCCCUGUCAAGACGUCAAGCCCAACACCUUCAUGAUUGAAGGCAAGAUGAUCAACCCCAUAGUGGUGUCCUGUCUGGACAGGACCGAGUUCUGCGACUGGAUCCAGCAGUUCAAAGCUGCUGACGUGCCUGUUCUCAGCCCCCCGCCUCCCGUCUAUGACAUCAUCUACACCCCGACGAAGACAGAGGCCCCUCAGUUUGACAGGUGGAGUGGACACAGCCAAGGAAGAAUGGAGUCUGUUAAGUCUAGCCGGCCCCCAAGUGGACGAGGAUCUCGAAACCUUCAGUUCCCAAUUCUCGACGAGAACCCUCUCACCCCUGGGUACUCUGAGCCCCGUUGUGUAACUAACUCCUGCCUCUGUUUGAAUCCUCUCCAGUCUAACAGCUGGAGCACUCCUCAGACAUCCCUGAAGUACUCCCUUGACAUCGCCCAGCGCCACUCGGAUAUGUGUGCCCCACGACAACCCUUGUCGCCUCUCUACGAUGAGCCCUGCACCCCCGAAAUCUACUCCUUGGAAGAGGCCAGGCCAGUGCCGCGGCUCUGGCAAGAGCUGAAUCAACAGCAGUACCACCACCAGGAACCCCAGAUGCUGCCCUCCUCCUUCCAGCUCCACGACCCUCCUAUGGGUGGACGCGCCAGGAGAAGCCUGGUCCUGACCAACACCCAGGGCCACGCUCUGGACCUGGAGAUGGACACACCCGAGAACCAAGCGCAGCAGAGAGCAGAGGCUGUGUCGAGGCUAAAGCUGCUGCCUGUGCCAGGUCAAAUGCAAGAGCAGAUACUUCACCCGUCGAGCUCUGCCAGAAAGCCCGCUCAGAUGCAUUAUGGUUACUCACCAGGUCGCAAUUCAUACCUCGAACCCGCGGAACCAGAUGACCAGGAAAUAGACUAUGACAACAUUUGGGAGUUCGACUGUGAUACAGGAAUGAUCCAGCCAACGACUGGAAUUUCAACAGACUGGACAGGAUUAGACUUCGGGGCCAGAGGGCUUGGUGCCAUGGCAACACCACAGAGAUGGUCAUAAAACAAAAAGGAUGGCCCGGCGCUCGUCUGGACGUGUGCAAACAACAGAUCUCUAUCAGGGGGGAUAAUAAAAGCCGGCAAGCACAGCAAGCAUCGCACUGGUCCCACUGUGUACAGUAGGAACCAACAAAUCCCAGGAACUGCUUUGUUAGACGUCGGGCAGUUGAGCAGAGGAAUGACGGGAUGAAGCAAAACGUUAUGGAAGUGACAAACAAAGGCUUCAGUUGUCUGUUUAAUAUGUAGCAUUUGUGGAAGGAGACAGUAGAGGAUGCUGUAUAUACUGUGUAGCUUGAAUAAUAUUUUCUGUCAUUGGUUUUAUCUGUAGUAAACCCAGUUUCUUUUUUUAUUUUAAUAUUUAUAGGUUUUUCAAACAGGCUGUUCAUUUCAUAUUAUACUGUAAUGUGUAAUGUUAUUAAAGCAUUCCAUCAGGGCUUGUUAUAGUAAAGAAUAUAUGUAUAUUUUUGUAAAUCUUGUACACUUAUUUUAUUGUGCUAUACUGUCAAGGCAAAUAGAUGUGGCUGUAACUGACUAAUAUUGAAUUAAUAAUAAUAAUAAUAAUAUCAGGGGUGCACAGUACUGAUACCUCUGUGGCUUUUUUUUAUUUUUGUUUGAGGUGCUUAUUUAUAUUUGGAAAUAAAAGUGUUAAAAGUUUCA